AUGGCGGCGUGCAUACCGCUGUGUGUGAAGAUGUCACCCUCAGCUCUGCGGGGCUUCAGGUGUCUGUUGACGGAACAAUAUUCAUCCAGAAAGCUGCUAAAAUCUCUGACAGACGUCUGCAGACGAGGUUACUCGGUGAAAGCCCAGCCGGAGGUGGAGGAGAGCGGCGUGAGCUCGGCCGGGUUCAGCGGGCCUCUGGAUCACUACAGCGGGCUGAUCCGGGACGGGACGCUGCGGGGGGACGAGCACCAGAAAGCGGUGCUGCAGACUCUGGACCAGCUGCACAAAAACCUGCGAGGAUACAGCAACACCCCGACAUCCUUCUUAUCCAAG